AUGGUUCUGAAAGGCGAAGACUGGCUGGCGCAAACCGUCGAAGCAACCCUGGAGCCGGACCUACCGAUUUGCGAUACGCACCACCAUUUCUGGGUUGCCCGACCGGAGCCUGCCGCCUACCAGCGCUACCUGCUGCCUGAUCUGACCGCGGACGUGAGCAGCGGACACAACGUCCGCUCCACGGUCUUCAUCGAGGUGCGGUGCGAGUACCGUCAGAGCGGGCCGGAAGAGAUGCGGCCGGUGGGUGAGAUCGAGUACAUCGAGACCAUCGCGACGGAGAGCGCCACCGGCAGCCACGGUACCACCAAAGCCGCGGCGGCGCAUCAUCGGGCACGCGGACCUGAAACUUGGCGAUGUGGUGCGUCCGGUGCUGGAGGCGAUGCGCGCCGCCAGCCCGGGCCGCUUCAGGGGCGUCCGGCACUCGACGGGAUGGGACACCAGCCCUGA